GCCACGUGACGGUUAAUAUAGCCGGCGGGAAUGUGAAGAAAUAAGGCUAACUUUUACCCACUCCUCUGGCUGACAUUUCUCCGGCUAUCAUCCUCUUCCUCAACUGAUAUUGGAAUUUUUUGGGUGAUUUUAUAAAUUAGAGCUGGAAACUAGGACACAACUCUCUGUGAAAAAUACAAGGGAAUAUGAUCCUGAGUCAUUUUAACCUUGAUGUUGUUCGAUGGGAUCCCCAUCAACUUUGCAUGGCUUCAAGUGGUGAUUCCCCUGGUAGUGUGACUUAUUAUGACAGUGAUUCUGCCCAAGUUGGGUAUGUCAGAGAAGGUUAUCAGGAACCCGUGCAUUUAAAUUUAGCGAAUGAUGCAGUUAUUGCAUAUGCUUAUCAAGAAGAACUUUCAAGAAUUGCAGCUGCAGAGGCAUCUGGGUUCGUUAAUCCUGGUGAAGCCUCUAUUCUUUCCCAGGAUUGGCUUGGACCUCUAGGAAGGGAGCAAAAUUCUGGUGGUUAUGAAUCUGACCAUAGACAAGCAGAAGAAAGAGAAACAGAUGAUCACUAUCAGGUUACCCAUGAAUUUAGCACGGUGAUUCGUGAUCAGGCUAAAGAAGAGUCCAGCAAAGGAGAGAAAUCUUUUCUUGAGGAAGAUUUGCCCCAUUCAAUUGAUAGGAUGGGUGGGUCAUCUGUUCUCGAUGGUGAAGUAGGGAAGAGGUUGAAUCAGAUGGUUCCUGUUCCUCAUGUUCCUAAAACUAAUGGAGAGAUACCAUCAGCUGAUGAAGAGACAUCAGAUCAUGAAAGGCUACUUGAGAGAUUGAAGUUGUACAAUCUGGUUGAGAAUAAGGUCCAAGGAGAUGGCAAUUGUCAGUUUCGUGCUUUAUCAGAUCAACUUUACCGCUCCCCUGAACACCACAACUUUGUCAGAGAGCAAGUUGUUAGCCAGCUCAAGUCUCAUCCUGAGAUGUACGAGGGUUAUGUACCUAUGGCUUAUGGUGACUACUUGAAGAAAAUGAGCAAGAAUAGUGAAUGGGGUGAUCAUGUUACACUGCAAGCAGCUGCAGAUUCGUAUGGUGUAAAGAUAUUUGUGAUUACUUCAUUCAAGGAUACAUGUUACAUUGAGAUCCUUCCACGCAUUCCAAAGUCCAAACGAGUUAUUUUCUUGAGCUUUUGGGCUGAGGUGCACUACAACUCCAUAUAUCCUGAAGGAGAAUUACCUACCCUAUAAGUAAAGAAAAAGAAGAAAUGGUGGAUGCCCUGAACUCUGAAACUAGGAGUCUAAGUUGCAUGAAUUGAGCCCCUAUCAGAUCUCAGGGAAUGCUGCCUAGAAGACUCCAUAGCUUUUGGAUUUUGGCUCCCCAAAGGCUGAAUCUUGGGUGUAACUUGGUUUUACAAUUCGAUAGCUUGACCAAGGGAACCUGGUUUUUGUAAAUAUAACUGUUGCGUGGGAUUGUAUACAAUAAUUUUGAGAUUUUUUUUUUUGUAAAAAAUCUUGAUGGAUAUAUUCAUACUUUCAUCCCCAUUCACUAUACUUAUUUGAUUGCUUCCAGUAAAAGCACUUGUAACAU